UGCUGUUCAGCUGUCAGAAAUAUGAGGAAGUGGCAGUCGAGGUCUUCAGACUGAGCACAACGACAACACGAGCAAAUGUUUCCUUUAUUACAAAAAUACGAUGUGUGAUGAAUCUCAGGAGGAGAGGACAGUGGAGGUGCAGGGGCUGCCUGAUGGAUUUGACGAGGAGCUCCUGUCGCUGUACUUUGAGAAUAAGCGGCGCUCUGGAGGAGGUUCACUGGUCUCUGUGGAGAUACAGGGUUGCCGUGCCUUGUUGGUGUUUGAAAAAGCAGAAGCUGCAGCCCAGGUGCUGUCUAGAGGGCAUCAUGCUCUACAUAAUAUUGACAUGACUGUGAGAAAGCCGGCCUCAAGGGACCGACAUAGACUACUGCUGCGAGGGGUCAACCCCAACACCAGCAGUGACUUGGUUGAGCUCUUCGUGGAGAACAUGGUGGGAGUAAGCAUGCCAGACUACACUCUGCAUCCCACACCGGAGAGAGAUGUCAUCCUCAUUCAACUGCGUUACCCACUGCUGGAAGAUUUUCACCAACUUAAAGAAAAGGUCUCCAGUCGGGCACUGAACAGGUCCAAGGUAACUCUUGAACAGAUUGAACAAACGGACUCCAUCUUGGUGGAGAACCUGCAUCCCGACACUUCCAAAGACCACCUCACUUUGUACUUUGAGAGCAAGCGAGGUGGAAAUCACGAGGUGAAGGAUGUCGUUAUGCUGUCAGAGGGCAUGGCCAGGGUGUCCUUCGUUGAAUUUAAAUCUGUGGACAAUGUUCUCCAACAAACCCACAAACUGGAGGGCGCUGACCUGGUGCUGCGUCCAUACUUUGAAUUUCUCCAACCACAAGAAAGCUUUCCAACCCCACACGCUGACAUUCUCACACCACAUGCCACUGACAGAGAUGAGCCGGACCUCAGCGAUUCUCUAAAACAGAUCAGUUCUCCCGUGGCGGUCAGUUCUCCCGUGGCGGUCAGUGCUCCCGUGGUGGUCAGUCCUCCUGUGGCGGUCGCUUCAAACAGCGACUCCUCCCCUCCUGUUGAUGUAGAACCUCUUCCUGUUUUUGAAGAGGCUGAAGCGCCAGUGGACACUGUGGAAAUCCAAGCACGGGUUGCAGACAGGCUUUCAUGCAACGUUACCAUCAGUGACCCAGAUAAAUUCAUAAUAUUCCAACAGCAUGUUCUUCAAGAUAUUGAAAAGGAUCACCCACAUGUCUACAUCCAGCUAAUAGACAAUGGUGUACACGUUGCAGGACCCAACGCCAUGGUUGUAGAGAAACUAAAAGACGCUGUCUUGAAGAUUCUGAGCAGUAUGGCUCAGACUGUUUUCACCUGUGAUCCUGUGAAGGCUGACUUUCUUAAGAAAAAAGAAGUCAGAGAAGCCCUACUGCAAACCUUGAAUGGCAGUGGGUUGCCCGCUACGUACACUGUGUCAGACUGUGAUGUCACUGUGACCUCACUGUCUUUGAACUUAGCUAGCCAGGCAUGCAGUGUUUUGCAGUCCCAACUCUGUGAAGUCCGCAUGCAAGUGGAGAAGGAAUAUGAGUGCAUGCUAUAUACCACCGAGUGGUCGGAGUUUAUCAAAACUCUGGAUUUCUGCUCUGUCCGGCUUUCUGAACAUGGAGGGGAUGUUGACCUCUUGACUCUUAAAGGGAUGGACUCAGAGAAGCAGACUGCAAUCUUAUUGUUUCUUAGUAUGCCGAUUACAAAGGAAACAGUUAUCUCUAUGGAGCCAGGCAUGCUGAAAUACAUCCAGGUCCACUGUCAUCAGCUGUUGGCUGACAUGAGCGAAGUAUCUAUUUUUCCACUGGAAGCAGAGGAUGUGUGUGGAUUAAAGAUCCAUGGCAAUGCUGUUGCUAGCCAAAUGGCCGAGGAGGUGUUGCAAGGCGUUGUCUCCUCUGUCUGCACAAGAACCAUCACAGUAAACACUCCCGGAAUAGCCCGGUUUCUAGAUGACCCGGAUUGCAAGCGUAUCAUGAAGGAGAUGGAGACCAAAUUCCAGGUCUUUGUCCUUCCAAAGUUUGUGCCGUGGGAAACACUUCAAACUGAGGACAUUUACGAAGUGGCACUUAAAGCAAUGCCCCUCAAUAACUUCCCAAAAGUGGAACUGGACGAAUCUGCGGCAGACAUAAAAUCUGAUUUAAUGCUAACUGAUUUGAAUUUCAACAAUAAUGGUACUCCACAAAGUGGCCUGUUAGAGGAGGCCAAAAGGAUUGUGUCAGCCAUUGAUCAAAGGACGGAAGAGCUUGAGCCCAGUUUCGUCACACAUGAUGACAUGGAUGACCUGGACCUGUAUUGUGCUGAGCAGCCUGCCAGUCUGUUGGAUCAGGAUAAUAAUGUUGUUUUUGUCAGUGGUUCCCAUCCAUUACCUGAACACGAUGCUCAUAGUGGCUUAGUCUUGCCAAGUGUUGAAGCCCUUUCUUGGAACAAUUUGGAUGAAGAGGCCCAACUUUCUCUAGCAAUCCAGUACUCCAUGGAGUCAAGUCAGUGGUCCCUGGCUGAUGAGGAAGAACAGUUGCAGAAAGCCUUGGCCUUGUCCAAGGAAAUGAUCCAACAUGGCAACUCUUCUAAUGAGAAAGCCAACAAUCCACCGGUGCAGCCACUGGAAACAGAAAGCUGCACGCUGUUGGAGGAAGCCAUAAAGGCAGCAAACACAAUACAGCUACUUGUAUAUGCGGGAUAUAGUUGUGACUUGAUUCGAGUGGACAUUGCUUUUGGGAAGAAGGUCUCCCAAAGACAGGUUGAGGAGAAAUUGGAGCACAAGAGUAUGAAAAACAUGUCUGUGCUCCACAAGAAGUGUCUGGAGGUGAUCGAGAGGAAGCAUGCAGUCAAGAUUGAGAUUAAGGGCACCAUAGUUAUUGUUUCUGGGUUUAAAGACUACGUGGCUCAAGCACUUCCACAAGUAAAACUGCUGUUGGAAAAGAUUUCCCGUUCUCCUUCAGAGCAGGAAAUCCUGAAGACGGUCCAGUGGAUGCACACUGACCCAGUGUCCUCAGCCAUGACACCUUAUUCACCAGGUGCUACAGUAUUCAUUGAUAAUGCUUGGAGGUUGAAGCAGAAAAAGGUUAAUGUUUUGUUUGACAAUCAGCCCCACAUCAUUAACUUUGAGAAGAUGCAAGAAUACAACGUAGCUUCAGGAAAAUCUAUGAAAAUCUGCAGACAGUUGCUGACUGCAGAAGAAGAGGAUGUGUCAGAUUACUCGCUGCUGUCAAACCUGCCAGAAGCGACCGUCGUCCAUGAGGAGUCAGAAGAAUUUCAAAAUGUGGUGAAGGAUUUCUAUGCAACCAUAAAGGAACACCACAACAAGAUCCGAAUCAUAAAGGUGGAGAAAAUCAUGAAUCAACUGCUGUACAGUCAGUACAAGCUGAAGAAGGCGAGCAUAGUGCAGCAUGCCAUUUAUCCAGAGGUGGAGCGGAUUCUUUAUCACGGCACAAGUGAGGGGAGCGUGAAGGAGAUCUGCAUUCAUGGCUUCAACAGAAGCUUCUGCGGAAAGAAUGCCACCGUCUACGGUCAGGGGGUGUAUUUUGCCGUCAACUCUGCGCUGUCUGUCAAAGACCAGUAUUCUCCUCCAAAUACGGAUGGACACAAGUAUGUGUUUGUGUCAAGAGUUCUGACAGGAGACUACACGAGAGGCUGUCAUUCAAUGAAGACGGCCCCUUUGAAGGAGACGAGUGAUAUUCCGCUCAGAUACGACAGCGUGACGGAUGACAUUAAUGAGCCAUCAAUGUUCGUCAUCUUCAACGAUACCCAGGCGUACCCUGACUAUCUCAUUACAUGUCAGAAAAUUUACAAGUGAAAAAAUGAAUUUGUGCAUUACCUCCAUAAAAGCUGUAGAAAAAUGUUUAACUUUCUGUCUUGAUCUCUUUUAUUUUGAAAGGGGCUACUAAAUGAUGGUGUAGUUGGGGUGGUUUCAGGUUAUACAUUUUUGGUGUGACAAAGUUUUUGAUCAAAUCACAUGUUGGUGUUGGCAGAUUUCCUCAAUAUAGUCAAGAAAGAAACUCAAGUUGAUCCCUUUAAAGAAACAGCAAGAGAGAUCCUGAAAUUACUCUUAUUUUCUCAACUCUGUGAUUCAGUAGAUUGACAUUUCAACUCCUGUUUGGUGGGUCGUAAACCAGGCACAUGUACAUCUACAGCUCAUUUGAUAAACAUAUUGUGUUGAUUAAAAAAAAUAAUUGGUGCCUUAAGUUCGAUGUGCUUGACUUGCUGGAGUGUACAUGUGUGCAGUGUUGCUUAAUUUAUCAUAAAAGGUCAUGCUCUUUUUCAUGAAAACUUCUUGUUCUUGAUAGGUGAGCGCACUGCUAUGACUAUAUUUGACAAUCUUGGUUUUCACUUUUCAUUUAAUUGCAGAUAUAAUAAAAUGCCUGUGUGGUUUUGGAAUAUUGAAAA